GUAACUAUCAUCAGAAGCUAAUCUUAAUUAAUUUGUUUCUAUGGAUGUUGAAACGAAGCCCCCCAUGUCAACAGAGGCAGUGGCCGCAGCUGCUGAGAACUGUGCCACCAAGCGACCUCGCGACGCCGACGACGAAAAUGGCGACUCGUUGAUCAAGAAGACGAAGAAGGCGGUCGGGGAGGACAAAGUAUUAUCGGGUCCGGUCACGGUCGGCCCGAAGAGGUUCGGGUCAUCCGUGGAGAUGUUCCGUUACUUCCACCGGCUUCUGAGCUCAUGGUCUCCCAAUGUGAACGUGAACAGGUACGAACACAUGGUGCUGCUGGAGCUGAUCGGGAAGGGGCACCCGGAGCCGGAGCGGAAGAUCGGGUGCGGGGCGGGCGGGUUUCAGGUCCGGUUCCACCCGAAGUUCAACGACAAAUGCUUCUUUAUCUUGAGGAAGGACGGCACUACUGAUGACUUUAGCAUCAGAAAGUGUGUGGACAACAUACUCCCCCUCCCAAGAAACACCGCCAAGCGCGGUGGUGGAGGGAAGCGGGCUGGCCGUGGCCGUGGCCGCGGCGGCGGUCAGAAUGUGGAGAAAGUCAUUGAAUCGAAUUGAACCGUCCGAUGAGUACUGCUUUAAUUUAUUAUAUGGUGUUUUUUUGUACGGAGUAUUUUAAUUUUUCAUUUCUCUCUAUCCAUAUCAAUCACACACGGAGUAAUUUAAUUUUUAUUUUAUUACGGAGUAUUAUUAUACGGAGCAAUUUGUUAAACUAUGUGCAAUAAAUUACUAUGAUAAAUAAAGGUUAAUUAUGUAGAGAGUAUGUUCUGUUUUUGAGUCACAUUUUCUUACUUUACAAUCUACAUAAUUGAAGUAUUCCGUACUAUUUAUCGUUCCUAAAAAAUAUUCCUCUCACUAAUAUUCAAUUAAUUUUUCCCCUGAUCUAUUCAGGAAU